AUGUCAUGCCCAAUAAUUAUAGCAAUCUUAGUCUUGUGCGGAUGCUCAACAAUAAUUUUUCCGGCCGAUUCAGCACGAAUCUUAGCAGUUGAGCUGACAGGAGGAAGAAGCCACUGGAAUUUUAUGAAAUCGGUAUUACAGUCUUUAAUACAAAAAGGGCACAAUUUGACCAUUUUUUCUCCGUUUUCUGACAUUGAGGGUUGUGAUGUGAACUGUUCUUUGAUAGAUACGUCUAAGGAUUAUCCAACUACAGGUUCAAUCAAUAUUGCUGUCGUCUUAAAAACACUUAGUUCGACCGUAUCGCUUAUAUCCCAAAGCGUUAAUAUUACAAGAAAUCGUUGUAACGAUAUGUACAAUAACACCGACAUAAAUAAGAUUUUAACGGUCAGAAAUAAUUCGGAUUAUGAGGUUUUACUUAUCGAACCGAUGGCCACUGAGUGUGCUUCACAUAUAGCAAGAAUACUUCAAAUUCCUGUAGUAUACCUUAUUCCAUCGCCAAUGUUAACGUUCGUAGAACCAAUAUUAUUUGGACAUACACCAAACCCUGCAGUUGUAUCCCAUAUACUAAGUCAGCACGCAGUUCUCAGAAAAUUUGUUCAGAGAUGUAUCAACUCUGUGCUAUUGGCAUACAGUUUGAUCUCGAGAGAAUACUACGAAUGGAUAAUUAAAAAAGCUCAUCCUCAGUCUUAUGAUUCGAUCGAGGUUAUCAAACCUUCACUUGUGUUUGUCAACUCGCAUUACAUUACUGAACCAUCCAGACCUGUGCCACCAAAUUUGAUACCAAUUGGUGGUAUACAUCUCAGUCAACCCAAAACUAUACCUCAAGUAAGUUAA